AUGGAACAUAAGCCAGGCGUGAUGGAAGUGGAGGAUCCCAAGCAAAGCGAACUCAAUCGCUUUGGCGACCAUGAUCACCAGCAGAAGCUAACAAGACGGGUGCUAUUUAAGCUGGAUACUCGAAUCCUACCUAUGCUAGCACUGCUAUUCCUCUGCUCAUUCCUCGACCGAACAAACGUUGGAAAUGCCAAAAUUAUCGGCCUGGAGAAAGAUCUUAAGAUCACUGAUCAUCAGUACGAUGUCGGCCUGACCGUGUUCUAUCUCACGUAUAUCUGCAGCGAAUUGCCGAGUAAUCUCGUGCUGAAGAAGGCUUCGCCAAAGUUGUGGCUGCCCUUUUUGACGGCGCUGUGGGGUAUUAUUACCAUGUGUCUGGGGUUCGUCAAGAACUAUGCCGGCUUUGUCGCCGUGCGGGCAUUACUGGGAAUCGCAGAGGGAGGAUUGCUCCCUGGCAUGGUACUAUAUUUGUCUGCUUUCUAUCGACGCGGAGACCUGGCGCUGCGCAUUGGUCUGUUUUAUACCGCUGCGUCCUUGUCGGGUGCAUUUGGUGGUCUACUUGCUCGAGGCCUGGCAGAAAUUGGUCCACGUGGUGGACUGGAAGGCUGGCGAUGGAUUCUCAUCAUCGAGGGACUGCUGACCUUUGCGUGCGGUGCUUUGAGCUUCCUCGUCCUCCCCAACUCCUUGGAGACUGCAACCUUCUUGACCCAAGAGGAGAAGGAGUUUGGUCGGGAGAGACUGCUGCUGGAUAACCCCAAAUCACCGGAUGGAACUCUGGCCGUCGAAGAAGACGCAUUCAAAUGGUCCGAAGUCCGUCGAGGUAUCCUGGAGCCACAAGUCUGGUUCUCGGCCACCGCGUACUUUGGCAUUCUCUCCGGAAUGUACUCAUUCGGUCUAUUCCUCCCAACAAUCAUCCAAAACCUCGGCUUCGCCAAAGACGCAAACGAAGUCCAACUAUGGUCCGUCAUCCCCUACGCCGUCGCAGCCGUAAUCACAGUCCUCGUAGCAUUCAUCUCCGAUCGCCUCCGCCUCCGCGGCACAGUAAUGCUCUUCACCCUUCCCAUCGCUAUAAUCGGCUACGCCGUCAUCUCCCACGUCAAGAACCCGCACGUCCAAUAUGGAAUGACCUUCCUCAUGGCUACGGGUCAAUACGCUAGUGUACCCUGUAUCCUGGUGUGGAUGUCGAAUAACUCGGCGGGUCAUUAUAAGAGGGCGACUACGUCUGCGUUGCAGCUUGCGAUCGCGAAUUGUGGAGGGUUUGUUGCUACGUUCAACUAUCCCGCGCGUGAUAAACCGUACUUCCACCGUGGACAUACUAUUAUUCUGGGAUUAUUGGUGUUUGCGUGGUUUAUGAUUCUAUUUAACGUGCUAUACUGUGCAAAGGUGAAUCGUGACAAGAGGAAUGGGAAAUAUGAUAAAUAUGCCGGAUGUAAUGAUGACCGGAACCCGAACUUUAUGAUGAUUCUUUGA